CUGAACCUGAGAUUCCGUGCGCUGUUCACACGAGUGAAGAGUCAUAACAUAAUCGGAUAUUUCGAGGUUCCGCUGCCUUUCACUAUGAACGGAUGCGUGAUUUUGAAUGCCUGCGAUGUUUGUAGCUGUUAUUUUUUGAAAUAUUGCUCUUGAAACCUGUACGAUCACGCGUGUCUAAAGGAUUUUUUCCACUGUCGAAAUUCUGCGCUUCAGUCAUAUCACGGAUAUUUUCGGAUUUGAAUGCCUGCUUUAAUGCGAUGUUGUGGGUAAGUGAAGCGUUAUUAAAGAUGUUGGUGCAAAAAUAAAUGCAUCUGGAAUACAAAUCAGUUGAUGCACAGUCUUCCAUUUUCUCCAAGGGAUUCUUGUAGAUCUUUACAAAAUCUAAUUCAUUAAUGCUAUGGUUUAAAAUGAGUUUUUACAUUGCUUUGGGAUUGAAACAUAACACCAUGUUAGAUCUGGAUCUGCAUUGUGUUCUGUGUUGAACAUUUUACCCUGAAACUGUACCUCUGGACAAGUCAUGAUGGCCAAGCAUUGUCCUAGUGAUGACCUGAGUAAGAUCCCUGAUGAGGAACUGCUCAGAUGGAGCAAAGAGGACUUGAUCAAUAAACUGAGAAGAGUUGACGGUGAGAAGAUGAACCUAAUGCUUGAACAUAGCAACAUGAUGAAGGAUGUCAACCGCAGACUGCAGGUGCACCUCCACGAAAUACGUAAUCUAAAGGAGAUAAACCAGAAACUGCAGGAUGACAUCCAGGAGCUCAGGGAGCUCUGCUGCUUUCUGGACGAUGAUCGGCAAAAAGGUAAAAAGUUGUCACGGGAAUGGCAGAGAUUUGGGAGGUAUACAGUGAACGCUGUGUGGAAGGAGGUGAGCACCUAUCAGCAGAAACUCAAGGAACUGGAGGUCAGCCAGGAGAGCAUUCUGCGGGAAAACACAGAGCUGAAGGAGAUCAUUCUCAUGUUGGAUGAAGAUAGGAAUGGAGCUGGAUCUAGGAGUUCCAUUGACAGCCAGUCCAGCCUGGGCAACCUCAAUGGAGGCUCUGGCACUAUUAGAGAUGUUGGGGAUGGGAGCAGUACCUCCAGCGGUGGAAGUGCUGGUAGCCCAGACCACCAUCAUAACCAUAUACACAAGGCUGUAGAGACUAAGAUAGGCUCCAUAAGGCGGUCGAUGGACGAUCUCCCCACUCCACAUCACCACAGGAGUAUUCCUAAUGGACUCAAUGAUGCAUCCUCAAACUACAUUCGUCAGUUGGAAACCAAGGUCCGCAUUCUAGAAGACAAUAACAACAAACUUCUGUCACAACCCUGUAGCCGAUAUAGCUUAUCAAAGAUACCAAUGAAGUGUAAUCCUGGAGACCUGCAAGCCGUCCGGAAGGGCAUGACCCUCUACCACUCAGAAUCACAGCUGUCCUCCCUCCCCCAGCGCCAGGAAGCCUUGCUUAAUGGGACAGGAAGGCUACAGACCAGCGAGUCUUCCCCCUCCACAGGGUUUCUCUCAUCUGUACAGAAACCUGAGGCUGUGGUCCAUGCCAUGAAGGUUCUGGAGGUCCAUGAUAAUCUGGACAAGCGUCUUCCAGAGGAAAGUGAGGAAGACCUGAGUGAGAAAGAGAAGGCCAUAGUGCGAGAGAUGUGCAACAGUUUAUUUCACCAGGAAACUGCUGUGAUACGUACAGUGAGCCAGGAAAAAUCCUUUUGCAAAAAUGUGGUGUGGCGUAAGCUUGGCGACGCGGCCAGAUCAAAGCCGUCCAUCCGACAGCAGCUCUCUGGGAAUCAGUUCAAAGCUCCUCUAUAGCAGCUCCAACACAUGAGGAGCAUCCAUCAAACUCCAGCAGGGAAAAACUCAGAAACUCAGAAACAUACACUCCGGACCACUACAACCACCUUCCAUGUUGAAUUGUCAUCUGUAGCCAAUGUCUUACAACUUGGGAUAAAUGCAAGAAUCACCUUUCAGAUGGUAGACAUGCUUAAAGUAAUAUUCUGAGUGCAAUACAAGUUAAGCUUAAUCGACAGCUCUUGUGGCAUGCUGUUGAUUACCACAAAAAUGUAUCUCGACUUUUCCUUUUCUUUGAGGAAAGCAAAAAUUGUGGUUACAGUAAGACACUUGGCAGUGAAUGGGGCCAAUCUGUAAACAUUAAAAUACUCACUGUUUCAAAAUUAAAGCCACAAGAAGUAAACAAGAUGCGUGUUAACAUGAUUUUAGUGUGAUAAAAUCACUUACUAACCUAUUCUAUGUAAAGUUAUAUCCAGUUUUAUAACUUUGUUGCCAUGACAACGUAACUAAAAUCUUAAAAACAAUGAUUUAAACAACUUUACAGCUUAAAUAAUACACAAGUAUUAACAGAAGAAAUAAUGUAAGUGCUUUGAUAAAAUUAUAAGCUUCAAAAUUGGCCACAUUCACUUCUAUUGUAAGUGCCUCACUGUAACCUCGAUUUUUGCUUUUUUUAAAGAAAAGGGGGGAUGAUGUGAAAUUAUUUUUUGAGGUAAUCAAAAUUAUGGCACAAAUGCUGUUGAUUGAGCUUAACUUUUCUUGAACCUGGAAUAUUCCUUUAAUAUUUAGAGCAAUAAUCAGCAUUGCAUUAAUGUUGUUUGAUCAUUGAAGGGAUAGUUCAGCCAAAAAUUAAAAAUUAGUCUGUCAUCAUUUACUGAGAGACAUGACAGAACAUUAGCUUCAGUCACCAUGGACCCUAUGCAUAUUUCCGGGUUUUGGAAUGCGGAAGUAAACGAUUGUAAACUUCGAUAGCAAUAAAUGGGAGUAAAUGGGAGACCAUGGCAUAUAUAAUUUAUGCUUACCCAUUUGCUCCAACAUCAAUGGAAAUAUGCCACUAUUACAUUUCCACAACUUUCCAAAUUAAGAAUAAAUAGAGAGCAAUGGAUUAUGACAGUCAGAAGAGAGAAGAUGGCAAAUUUACUGUCACUUUCUCAGCAGCAGUAUUAGAUUAGUUGUAACUUGUUUUCUAAAACUAAUUCCAGGGAAAUAUAAUACAAAGUAUAAUGUUAUAAAUGUACACAAAAUUAUUUAAAAAAAAAUGGCAAGUAUAAAAAGGUUUGCUAGAUUUAUGAGACUUGUGUCUCUGCAGAACAUAAUGCCCAUAGAUUGAGAAACACCCAUUAUUGUUCCACAGAGACUUUAUGCUGCUAAAUAUGGUGGAAAUGCAUCAUCAGUCUGUGAAAAGGGUCCAUUCACUUUCAUUGCUCCUUUUUUCCCUAUCCAAUGAAAGUGACUGGUGACUGAGGCUAUCAUUCUGCCUAAAAUCUCCUUUUGUGUUGCAUGAAAGAAAGUCAAACAGGUUUGGAACAACAUGAGGGUGUGUAAGGGACAGUGUAAGGGAAUAAUCAUUUAAACUGUCCUUGAAAUAAUAUUUUUGUUCUUUUUCUUACGUUAUGGAUCUCAUUUGAUACGAUAGACAGCUGAUGUAGCAAGUUUGUCCUACCAACCUUCGAAAACCUUGGUCCACUAAACUUUAAUUUACUCCUUUCAGUAUAAAGUGUGAGACGGCACAUAAACAUUAAACUCACUCCAAUGUGCACUUGUGCCCUUACAUCCUGUGCAUCAGGAAUAUACAUUACAGAGACUCUGAAACACAUGUAAGAUAUGUUUAAAAAAAAAAAAAAAAAACUUAAAAUCAGUUUAUUGUUAUUUUAUCUUUUUUAUCUUUUUAUUAUUAUUAUUAUUAUUUUUUCUAGUGGCUAUUUGUAACAAGUAAGCUCAAUGAUAUCUAGGGUUUCUUAACAACAGUUCUUUGUUCUUGUUCUGGGAUGAAGCAAAAUGGCACACUGAACCAAAAUCCAUUGAUUUUUGUAAGUUUAAGAUGUCAUAUUUUAAAACAGUUUGUUGUGCAUGCUUGACAAUCACAUCUCUCAGGUCUGGGGAAUGACAGAAGUACAUCAAAACGUGUUAAAAAUGAUGGAUUUGUCUUUUUCCAGCCCUUCUUUGUAUAUUAUAUCCUUGAUUAUAAUCAGUGGAAAACAGCUGGUGACAACUGCUGAAUCCAUUUUAAUUAACCUUUUGUCAUGACUAACAUUUUGAUAGAAAUCAUUUUGGUAACCCAAUGUUGAAGGAUCAAGACUGUUAACUCAAAUCUCUGCAAUUCAACCAAGCCGGGAUAACCUACAGUAGGAGACUGAGGAGAAUUGAUCUUAAAUGUGAUCAAAAUCUUUCCAUUGUGCUCUUGAGCAAGACACUUAACUAAUUGUUGCAGGGGGACUAUGUAUUCUGGCAAAAAAAAAAAAAAAAAAAAAAAACAUUCAAUACAAUUGUUAAACAGCAAUCAACAGCAAAUGAAAUUCAUUUAAAUGCAUCCCAGUGGCAGUUUAGCCUAUGUGAGAAUCUAUUUUUUAACUUUUUUUUUUUUUUUUUAAUAUACUAAGUUAAUCAAGUCCUUAAAUGGGCAUACUUACAAAUGAAAUACUAAGGUUAUGUUCAGAAUGGAAUACUAGCUUACUGUUUACUGCAUACUGUGCAAUAUACACUGAAUACUGCUUAUUAUUUAAAAAAAAAAAAACUUAAGAAAAAGAAAAAAAGAAUAUAUACACAUUAUGCAACAAUACAAAUUUCAAACAAUGUCACAAUGUUGUCUUGUGUCUUACAUGCAUGUUUAAUUCAGCGAGUGGUGCACAGUUCAUCAUCAUCUUAGGAACAAUGAGUUAUUUUGCAUUUUAAAUCCAGUUUGGUGUAAAAAAAACAAAAAACAAAAAAAAACAAAUCAACUUUUGCCAGUCAAAUAAUGAUUUAAAGAAAAGAUUGCUGCAAAUGGAAUGUCAAGUCAAAUACAUUGCAUUGAAAAUAGAAAUAGCAAGAGUAGUAUGUCAUUCCGAACAUAGCCAAAAAGUCUAUUGGUUAAAGGGAGAAGUAUGGUGAGAGGAGUUUGACACGGCUCUUUAAACACAGAUCAAUCAAGUUUUUUCUCUUUAAGGCAGAAUGCAUUUGAUUGGUUGGCUUAAGUUUGAUUUGUCCCACCCAAAUACACAAACAUGAAAUGUUGCUAUUGUUCUUAAUGAAAAGAGUUGCAAGCAAAUCCAAUAAAGUGCCCUUCCUCUCAGGAAACGGCCUGAACACAAAGCCAUGAUUUUUGGAUGCUUUUAUUGAGCAUGUGCUGCCUCUUUUGUGCAUGGGAAUUUGUGUGGAACCUAUGCACCUGUACCCUGUGUUGUGUUAUUCUCUGUAAAAUCUUUGAGGUUUAACUUGUCUUCAGUGUUAAAAUCAUGUAUUUUAAGAGUGAGCAUGAGUACUGAAUCUCUGUUUAAAGGGAUAGUUCACCCAAAAAUGAAAAUCUGGAUGUGUACGAGUUCCUUCCUUCUGCAGAACACAAACAAAGAUUUAAAGGAAUAUCUCAGCUCUGUAGGUCCAUACAAUGCUAGUGAAUGGUGACCAGACCUUUGAAGGUCCAAAAAGCACAUAAAGGCAGCAUCAUCCAUAAAUAUAAUCCAUAAUCCAUCCAGUAGUCUAUAAAACUUCUUCAGUGGUUAAAUCCAUGUCUUCAGAUAUGAAAGAUGUGGAUGAGAAACAGAUAAAUAUUUAAGUCCUUUAUAAAUCUCCACUUUCACUUUCUACUUAAAUUUUUUGGCAAUUUGCAUUCUUCAUGCAUAUCGCCACCUACUAGGCAGGGAGGAGAAUUUAUAGUAAAAAAAGGCCUUAAAUAUUGAUCUGUUUUUCACAUCCCACCUAACAUAUCAGUUCUGAAGACAUGGAUUUAACCACUGGAGUAUGGAUUACUUCUAUGAUACCUUUAUGUCCUUUUUGGAUCUUCAAAUUUCUGGCCACCAUUCAUUUGAAUUGUAUGGACCUACAGAGCUGAGCUUUCUUCUAAAAAUCUUUGUUUGUGUUCAGAAAGAAAGUCAUGCACAUCUGGGAUGACAUGAGGGUGAGUAAAUAAAUAAUGACAGAAUUUUAAUUUUUGGGUGAACAAUCCCUUUAAGCCAGGAGAGAUUGGGCUGAUAUUAUGGCAAACAUGUAAAGAAAGUUGUAAAAAGUGGCCAAUUUUGUCAAUAAACAACCUACUGCUUUA